GCCAUGAGCUGAAUGCAGCACCAAACCAAGAAUCUCAACUGGCUGCACUUUCUGUACAUCCUACGUUCAAGUGAACACUGUGCUUUCCACACUCUGUAAUCAACCAAUAGUUCGAUGAGAGACCCCUCCGUGGGAAGCACCCUGCAGCCGUCGGCCAACGAGAAAAGACUUUCGCGGAGAAUCUUUGUGAAGGAACAGCGAGCGGGCGUGCCGCUUGGCCCCUGUCCAAGGGGGCCGUAGCGGCGUCCCUGCAAGACACAAGCCGUCGCCCUGGUUGCGGCCGCCAUGAAGAGGGACGAGGACUCCGAGUCCGCGUCCCUGGUCGGCCGCGAGAACCCGGGCUCGUACACCGAGGAUGCCAGACCCUCACCGGCCAUCCGGGAGACCGACUACGUCGACACCGAUGUGCCGCUCCUGUCGCAGUUCCACGAGGAUGCCAUCGCUCAGGCUGGGGAAGGCCUAUUCCAGUGGCUGGUAUUCCUGGUCUGCGGACUGGCGUUGGCCGCGGACUCGAUUGAGAUCAUGGUCAUCGCCUACGUGCUCCCGUCGGCCGAACGCGAGCUCUGUAUGGACGACGCACGCAAAGGGUGGCUCGGAGGCGUAUCGUUUAUCGGCAUGAUGAUCGGCGGCCUGCUGUGGGGCAACCUGGCCGACAAGAUGGGUCGUCGACGCACGUUGCUAUCAGCACUGCUCACCAACGCGUUGUUCUCGGUCAUCACCACAUUUAUGCCCACCUAUGGACUCUUCACCGUCACCAGGCUCUGCUCGGGCAUCGGCGUGGGUGGUUCCAUCCCCAUCGUAUUCACGUACUACGCCGAGUUCUUGUUGAAGAAACACCGCGGCCGCAACCUCUGCUGGUUGCUUCUCUUUUGGGCCAUCGGUGGCGUCUUCACGUCAGUCAUGGCCUGGGGACUCAUACCCAGAACAGGGGCCACUCUUCUCGGGCUGGGCAGGCUUCACUUCAGCAGCUGGCGCGUCUUUCUGCUGGUCUGCUCGUUCCCUGCCGUCGUCUCUGUGCUUGGUCUCGCCUUCCUCCCCGAGAGCCCCCGCUUCCUCCUCGAGAUGGGCCGUGACGUUGAGGCCAUGUGCGUUUACCAGCAAAUAUUUAAAAUGAACCACAGCAACAAACCCGGAGUGGAAUAUCAGCUCUCCGAGCUGGAGCUUCCAGGUCGCAGAGCUUUCCACGGAAUUCCUCCCGCUGUCAACAGAAGCAUGAUGUCUGACCUCUGUUUCUCGUUGGAAAGCUUUUGGGGCUCGUUCUUCCAGAUGAUCUGCUCUCCAUUCACCAAGGUCACUCUGGUUCUUCUUGUUAUCUGGCUCACGACGUCAUUUGGGUUCUACGGCGUGGGCAUCUGGUUUCCGGAGUACCUGCGCAAGAUCCAGGCGGACAGCUACAGCGCCGACGCCACUAUCGAGGCGAACCACUUCAUCCGCGACUACGUGUUCAACUACUCACUCGACAACACCAACUUCGAAGGAUGCGUAUUUCACAAUGUCCGCUUCACGGGCAUCGUGCUCAACCACGUGCUCUUCACCAACUGUUCCUUCAUUAACAGCACGUUCAGCGAUGUUCGUUCGAGCCGCAGCUUCUUUGAGCACUGCGACUUCCGGCGCGUGCGCUUCGUGGACACGGACUUCUACGACUUCCGCUUCCGCGACUGCGUUCACAACAGCACCACGUUCCUGAACCGGCGCACGGGCUGUCCCAUCGACUUCGACGUCAACUUCCGCCUCUCGGACGUGUUCGUCGAAAACCUGUUCGCACAGCUGGCCAUCGUUCCGGGAAACAUCAUCUCCUCCUGCAUCAUCGACAGGAUUGGUCGCGUACGCACCUUAGGGAUAUCUCUGUUUCUUUCAAGUGCAAGCAUUUUGCUCGUGUGGCUGUCAGUGGCACGCUCCUCUGUGAUAACAUUCCAAGCCAUCUUCAACUUUGUGUCCAUUUCUGCGUGGAACGCCGUAGAUGUCGCCACUACAGAGUCUUAUCCAGCGACACUCAGAAGCACGGCGUACGGCUUCCUGAGCGCGGCCAGCCGAUUGGCGGCCCUUCUGGGCAGCUUGACCUUCGGCCACUUCAUCAGCAUGAGCCGUUCAGUGCCCAUUGUGACAACCGCCGCCGUGCUGCUGGUCGGUUGCCUGGCAUCGUUGCGCUUGCCCGAGACCAGGGACGUGCUCAUGUGAGCGCCCUGCCGCAGCUUUCCAAGACCGUGCUGGGCCUCCGCCCACGAUGAUGAGAAGUCAAAGUAUGCGCCCACAGCACCUCCCAAGAGAGCUCUGCAACCGACAAGCCACGUCCACCGACCGUGCGAGCGACACACGAACCUGGUUUACGACCUGUCCAGGAGGGAUGCUUGUGUGGUCUAGUCGGCAUACCCGAAGAGAACGCGCAUCUAGCACAUGCGACUACAGUACCACCGCAGAGAUACGAAUCGUCGGGAAAAGCGCGUUCAGUUAUAUUUCUUUCGUACAGUUAUUUAUUGGUUUCUCCGAUCCUAUCUGCGCGGACCCUAUUAGCUGACUCAUUAUCGCGUCGCUCCGGUUCAUUGUCGGACUGCAUGCAGACCUUCCCAACACAGAGAGUGGGAUACCAAACGAACGUUCCCCGAGCACGAGGAAGCUACUGCCUGGCUCCGAGACCGAGUGCUUUUCAGGGGUGACUGCAUGAUGAAGCUCUCGCCAUGUAAGGCUCGGUAUCACGUGGUUGUAGAAACCAUGUGUAGUGGUCGACUCUGUACUCUGAUGAGGGGCUCUUUAAUUAUAGAGUGAUUGAAACUGUGAUUCUCGGGCCGUCAGGCAGACCUUAAGCUGAGAUGAUAACCGAGCGUAAAAUGUGAGAUGCAAUGCUAUAGUCAGUUGGUUGCGUUCCUACACUGCUGCAAGGUGAUCGGAAGCCGCGCCUUUCGUCACGUGACGAACCGCAGUGGGGACUGCGCAGCAGAAUACAGCGUGCACAGUUGUCAGCUAGUACCGAAAGCACUCCAAUUUGAGGCUAAAGCGACACCAUCGUCAUACCGUGAUCGUUGAACGCUUUCUGGGGGACCUGGCCGGUUUGUUCUCCUGCGGUGUGUUUCAUGCAGAGCUUGGCCCCGAGUGGUAGGCAUACUACUUACAUACGCGUUAGUGGAGAAACACACUCACAGAAUUACACAGCGCUCCCACGAUUCUUUCGAAAAAGCAGGCUAUCAGAUUUUCGCAUGAAAGAGCCUUUCUUCUUACUCUUUCAUUUUUUUAUGUCCACGCUGUUACCAUUGAGCUACUGACUUCGUAUCCUGGAGGCGUAAAUGUAGUGCACAACGGCCCCAGCGUACGAAGCGAUUGUCAGGCUCACUGUGGGAAACUGUCAGCUUUUUACACUUUCAGGUAUGUAUAGCGCAAUAAGAAUCAGUUUGGAAGAUUACGAAGACUUUUUUUUUCUUUACUAAUUGCGAAUGAGCGUACACUGUGGCAACACUUUGGGGUGAACAGCAUAUCCACACGAAUAAUGAACCUUAUAUAGCGUUGAAAACAAUCUAACAAUGCAGGCCUUGAUGUUGGCAGAUACGUCACCGUGGGAAUUAAGCCCAGCAACACUUUUCCAAUGAUCUGUCUUGUGGCUUCAUUAAAGAAGAUCAUUGCCUAACGAACCAACUGCUUAAAAAAAUUGUCAAGUACAAACGGAGUUUCAAGGAUUGCCGCACGCUUGAAGCGCUUUCUCACUCCUUUUGUGCAAUUGAACUCGCUGAACGCUACGCAGUGGUAGGAGUCGGUGACGAGGGAGCAAAAAACGUCCGUUCGUCAGCACACGUGACAAGUUGUGACCUUGAGCACUUUAUUUUUUUUCCCUCCAAAUGCAUGUAUACGCUCAGAAUGACCGCAAGAGAAUAAAACGUUUAUUAG